GGGUCGAUGAUGCUCAGGGCCUUCAUCUCGAGCUUGUGCACGUAGUCCUUCCACUCGUUCAAGCUCACGGAGUUGUCUCCAUCCUCGUCCAGCACGCUGAACGGGGGCAGCGAACGCGACCGCGGGUGGAUGUUGUCGUCGUCUUCGGCUUGGGCGAGCGCGCGCCACGGGAAGCCCUGGGCCUGCUCGCUCUCGGUGUCGCGACGUCCGAACUGCCCCGCCAACUGACUCAGCGCCAAGGGCGCGGCUCGCACGCCGUGCGCAGCUCCGAUGUCGCCCCACCACGGGACCGACUGCACCGCCGUCACGGACAGCAGCGACCCCAAGACAGCCAACUUGACUCCGCCCAUGUCGUCGUUAUCUCGCGAGAACCAAGAUGAGGACGAUCUCGGCGUUGGCUGUGUGGUUAGAUAGCUGGGAGCAUAUCCUCCCUCCCUCCGUCCCCAGCAGACCGACUCUAGACGGUCGCCAAGUCUCCGCCGCUCGUUCACAGAUAUGAGCGGCUACGGGCCUUCGUAUGCCUCUUCACUCUGGAUCGCACGCUAUGAACGGCAGCCAUGCAGGCACCGAGGUGGCCAAUGGAGUUGACCGAGGACGCGAGCUUCCUCGCACCGCACUCAGCAGCAACAUCAGCAGCAGCAGCAGCAGCAGAAUGGGCGCUGUGCUGUCAUUUCCGCCACAAAAGUCGCCGCCCCCGACACGACAACUGCAGGCACGAACAUCGCCGGAAGUCCGGCUCAUGGUGGCGGCGAUCCAGCCGCUAACGACAACAACGCUCAACCGCACGACUGGGACAGUCGAGCCGCUCGUUCGCGUCGACAACAACAACAACAACAAUGACGACGAGCUGCAGGAGCUGGCUCAGCUCUUCAGAGCGAUCGUAAGCGGCGACCGACGACUCCAUCAGUGCAAGAUCCAGCUGCAGUAG